CACAAUUCACAUGUGCUGCCAUUGCGGAGUUGCGGUGUUUGGUGUUCCACCCGCCGCAGCUCACCACCGCUAGCGCCAGCCUCCCAACACACAACGGUCAGGUCCCCCGAUCCCCGUUAAGUCCAAUCCCCGACAGGUAUUAGUACCACCCCGCAUCUCCCCCUCCUCCACUCGAAACGGCUACUUCCUCCCCUUCCUCCCCCUCCACCACCUUCUAGAACCUUCCACGAUGCCGCCGCCGCCGCGGAAGCGCCUCGGCCGCGCGGCCCUGCUCCUCGCCGCCGCCGCCUACCUCGCCUUCCUCCUCCUCUUCGAGCUCCCCUCCCUCGACCUCUUCCCCUCCUCCGACGCCGCGGCGGGCGCGGCGAUGCCCACCCACCGCCCACGCCGCCGCGAGCUCGAGGCCUCGUCGUCGUCUUCGGCGUUCGCUUCCCCCGUCCUCCGCCGCCCCGCCACGGCGGUGUCUCCCGCGCCGGCUUCUGCUGCUGCCGCGGCGGCUGGGGCGCUCCCGAUCUUCUCGUCGCUGCUCCUCCUCCCCCGGCCCAACGCGACGGCCACCCCGUUCGACGGGACCGCCGCGGAGGCGUUCGCCGCGGCGAGGCCGCACCUCGACCACCUCAGGACUGCUGCUGCUGCGGCGGCGGAGGAAGCUUCGUCGUCGUCGACGGCGCCGACGUGCCCGACCUCGAUCUCGGUGCACGCGGACGGGUUGCCCGGGGACGGGGUGAGGACGGUGGAGCUGCCGUGCGGGCUCGCGGUGGGGUCGCACGUGACGGUGGUGGCGCGGCCGAGGGCGGCGCGGCCGGAGUACGACCCGAAGAUCGCCGAGAGGAAGUCCGGGCAGGAGCCGCUCAUGGUGUCGCAGUUCAUGGUGGAGCUGGUCGGGACCAAGGCCGUGGACGGGGAGGCCCCGCCCAGGAUACUCCACUUCAACCCCAGGAUCCGCGGCGACUACUCCGGCAAGCCGGUCAUCGAGAUGAACAGCUGCUACCGGAUGCAGUGGGGGCAGUCGCAGCGCUGCGAGGGCUACGCCUCCCGCCCUGCCGACGAGACAGUUGAUGGCCAACUUAAGUGUGAGAAAUGGAUUCGUGACGACGACAAGAAGUCUGAGGAAUCGAAGAUGAAGUGGUGGGUAAAGCGUCUAAUUGGUAGGCCAAAGGAUGUGCACAUCAGUUGGCCAUACCCCUUCGCAGAAGGCAAGCUGUUUGUUUUGACUCUAACAGCUGGUUUGGAAGGUUACCAUGUCAAUGUUGAUGGGCGGCAUGUUACUUCCUUUCCUUAUCGCACUGGUUACACUCUUGAGGAUGCAACCGGCUUAUCUCUGAAUGGAGACAUCGAUAUCGAAUCCAUUUUUGCUAGUUCCCUGCCCAAUUCGCAUCCUAGUUUUGCCCCAGAGAGAUACCUUGAAAUGUCUGAACAGUGGAGGGCACCACCACUACCAACUGAGCCUGUUGAGCUUUUUAUUGGUAUUCUUUCAGCAGCCAGCCAUUUUGCUGAGCGGAUGGCUGUACGGAAGUCGUGGAUGAUGUAUACAAGGAAAUCGACUAAUAUAGUAGCUCGGUUCUUUGUGGCUCUGAAUGGGAAAAAGGAGGUUAAUGCAGAGCUGAAAAGGGAAGCAGAGUUCUUUCAAGACAUUGUUAUAGUUCCUUUCAUGGAUAGCUAUGACCUUGUUGUUUUGAAGACCAUUGCUAUUGCUGAGUAUGGGGUGCGAGUCAUACCCGCAAAAUACAUCAUGAAAUGUGAUGAUGAUACAUUUGUUAGAAUUGACUCAGUACUGGAUCAAGUGAAGAAAGUUCGAAGUGAUAAGAGUGUGUACGUAGGAAGCAUGAACUACUUCCAUAGGCCACUAAGAUCUGGCAAGUGGGCUGUAACUUAUGAGGAAUGGCCAGAGGAGGCAUAUCCAAAUUAUGCCAAUGGACCUGGCUAUGUAAUUUCAGCCGAUAUUGCACGCUACAUUGUAUCUGAAUUUGACAAUCAGACACUUCGGCUAUUUAAGAUGGAAGAUGUAAACAUGGGCAUGUGGGUCGAGAAGUUCAACAACACGCUUCGGCCGGUCGAAUACCGGCACGAUGUCAGGUUCUACCAGUCUGGCUGCUUCGACGGCUACUUCACGGCUCACUAUCAGUCCCCUCAGCACAUGAUCUGCCUCUGGAGAAAACUGCAGUCCGGAAGCUCACGGUGCUGCAACGUGAGAUGACAAUGGCAGCAAAAAUUAGCCGUAUUUUGGAGCAAAUAGAGACGAUGUUAACUCGUAAGCUCAGCUCGCUGUUGGAACACCAGAAAAUCAUCAGCAUUCAGCGAUGCUGACGGUUCGGAGGAGCGCUCAUCUUCUGGACUGGACCUGAUAUAUGAUUCGUUCAUUCUUUUGGUCGGUGGCUCCGUUUCAAGCUGCUGAUUUCUGACACCUGAUCAAUGAUGUUCUUGCCUUCUUGGGGAUUCUUUCGCCUGUUGAUAUUUAUACUCGCGUCAAAUUUAUUUGACCUAGGAAUUUUUGAGGCUGGUGGUGGUGGUGGUGGCGGCGGUGGUAUGCCGGCGGCAUGUUUUGUGUAUAAAAAGGAUUUUAUGAGUUUUACUGUUUGUGAGUAUAUAUUCGGUGGACUCCUAUUGGCUGACACUCUUACCA